AUGGCAUUUCCCCCUUACACCAACUCAAUCAUUUGCCCAGCGCUUGAAAUUACGCCAGAAAAUGCGCCGCCUGAUCUGUUCGCCUCAGAACUUUCCUUCUUUGCUUCGCAUCCUUGGACUGCAGGUCUGCUGUGUGCUCCAGAUACGAUCCCAUUCGUCCCAUCAUGUCGUAAUCCUCAGUCGUCUGCGCAUGACCAACUUUUUGGCAAGACGCUCAAUGAAUCUCGCAGCUUGAAUCAUUUUAUCAGCUACUUCCAUGCGCCGAGUAUCAAGGUUGCUAAGGAUCCAUCGCAUAACAUCACUGAGAUUGUUGUGUUAGUGUCGGUGGGUGAAGGUCUGAGCGGAUAUCCUGGUGUUGUUCACGGCGGCAUGGUGGCGGCCCUUUUUGAUGAGUCUAUGGGCACCAUCUUUGAUCUGAAUAGGGCUUUGGGAAAAGAUGCGAGAGCUUUCAAGACGUCCAGUGUGACAGGUGGCAUAGACGUCAAGUUUCUAAAGCCUGUCCCAACAAAUAGUGUUCUCUAUAUCACAGCUGUUGCAGAGGAGAUUGACGGUCGCAAGACGAAAGUUAGAAGUGAGAUGAAGGACGAGCAUGGAGAAGUGCUGGCGAGUUGCUCAAGUAAGUGGGUAGCACUGAAGCCAAGUCUUUAA